AUGGGGGAGUUCCAGAAACUGGAAGAGAUGCUCCCUGGUGUGCAUACGCGCACCGGGAAGCUGAGUUUCUGGUUUCCGAAAACUGGUUUUCAAGAAGACCAUGAAGCGAUCUUGGUCAGAAUGGAUAAAUCUGGCAGGGCAUGGCCUGUUAAUAUUCCGGAAGAAACAUUGGAUCAUGUAGGCAGAAGGAGGAAGAAUCAAAUGAUACCUACUCAUGUGGAUAAGGAAAGAAUCCGAUAUUUUCAAGAUGAUGAUAAUUUGGACCUGAAGGAUUUGAUCAGGAAUGAAAAGAUGAGUACAUCAGAGGAUCAAAAUAAGCUUUUCAUGAGAAUGGCAUCAAAGUUUUCAGGCAAAACCGAUAGAGAUUAUUACACUCUGGAUGACAUGUUCGUUUCCAACGCAGCAAAGAGGGAGGAAAGUGGAAAAGCGGAGGAAAGGGAGAGGCACCAAGCGAUCCGUGAGCAUCAACGGCUUGCUGCAUGCAUGGAAAAAUGCCCCCAUUGUUUUGGUAGCUCUGAACUUCCUAAACACCUAAUCAUUGCAAUUGGCAACAAGGUGUACUUAUCCUUGCCAAAGUACCAGUCUCUUACUGAAGGUCAUUGCCUGAUCGCUCCUAUGCAGCAUUACACUGCUGCCACAGUUCUAGAUGAAGACAUUUGGGAAGAAAUUCAGGUAUUCAGAAAAACCUUGGUAAAGAUGUUUGAAGCUGAAGAAUUGGAUUGUGUCUUUCUGGAGACAAAUUUAAGUAUAAGCAAACAAUAUCACAUGAUAUAUGAAUGUAUUCCUCUCCCAAAGGAAGUGGGGGAUAUGGCUCCCAUUUAUUUCAAGAAAGCUAUAAUGGAAUCAGACGAAGAGUGGGCCAUGAAUAAAAAACUAAUUAAUCUAGGCUCAAAAGAUGUUCGCAAAUCGGUGCCAAAAGGUUUGCCUUACUUCUCUGUAGAUUUUGGCCUCCAAGGUGGUUUCGCUCACGUCAUUGAAAAUCAGUACAUGUUCCCUCGUUACUUUGGAAAGGAAAUAAUUGGUGGCAUGCUAGAUUUGGAACCACGGCUUUGGAGGAAAGGACUACGAGAAAAUUUUGAAGACCAGAGGAAGAAAGUGUUGCAUUUUGCUCAGAAGUGGAAAUUCUACGACUUCACUAAAAGUAAAGAAUGAAAAUAAUACUGCAGAUGCAAAUAUAUUGGAUCCUGAAAAGUUAAUGAAGCAUCACAAUCUACAGAAUUCUUUUUGUGGAAGAACUCCUGCUGAAAAUAAUAAACAUGUUUUGUUUAUUGAACACUGGAAGGGAUAAUAAUACUUUAAAGGAAGACAAAAACUGGAUUGGAGCUGAUAUUUGAGUCAUGUAUAAAUCAUGUCCAAUAUACAAUAUGUAGACAUAUGUUUGAAGAAAAUAGGAAGUCCUUAUUUUAAUAGGUAAUGAGUGUGUCUUGUUAUCAAUAUUCCUGCUGUGUAUUGUGAUGACCCGGGACAAGGAACGAAGGUCACAUAGCCAGCUGAGAGUUCAAACUCCCCAUUAAUGCUCCAAAUGUCCCCCCAAAUGCUUGACAAGUCCCAGAGCAAAGUGCACGCACACACAUGGCAGCUUCUGGCUGCGCCCAAUCCUGCAAAGCAAAGGAACAGGGAAAUGAGUCCACGAAAUAAGGAACAAUUGAGUCCACAAAGUAAGGAACAAGGCACUGAGUCCAUGAAGUGAGGAAGAAGACCUGCAAACUCCAAAUAUCUCUACUGGCACAUGGAACUCUUACCAGCAUUUGUUCCCGACAAAUGCCCCUCCCUACUGUGUCCUUAAAUCUCAGUCCCUAGGUGUCCCUUGUGAAGAGGGCGGGGUGCUCUCCUCCCGAGUUGUUGGGUUGGCAUGUGCUGUUCCCGCCUUCUCUCCACUCUCUGUGCUCGGGGAUCAGGAGGGGGCAGUCCUUGCUCAUCGCCUGAGCUUCGUUGCUCCUCAUGUUCAGUGCUUGCCCACCUUCCUGCCCCCGUUCCUCCCUGCUAACAAGUCAUCCCAAUCCUGAGGUGAGAGCCUGCUCCUCCCCACAUUUCUCUGACGACAAUAAAGCUGCCCCCUCAAUGUCUGCUCCUCAGAUUCAGGCUGUGACGGGGGCAUGACAUGUAUUCUUUAAUGUUUCCCUGUUUUACAUUGUAUAUAAGCCUAACUUGUCUUGAUAAAGGAUAAUGUAAUGAAGAGAUUUUUAAAUAUUGAAAAUGCCGACACAUUAAAAGUUUUUAAAGUAUUCUGUUUAAGUGUUGACAAUUUGAGAUGGUUUAGUCCGAGGCACACUAUUGAAGUUUAAAAGAAAACUGAUGUAAUUAAAUUGUUUUGAAAAUAAUGGCGUAACUUUUGAAUAAAUAUGUCCCAACCUUUAA